CUUGCUCGUUCAUGGGACACACACGACACGCGAUAUUGAAUUGGGAUGGAAAAGGCAGAUUAGGGUUUGGAUUUCCUAGCUGAAAAUUUCGAAAAUUGAAGGAAGAGGCCGGAGGAGAGCGCUGCCGAUUUCCAAUUCGAAACGCAUUCGGUAAAGGGUUUAGAUAUGGAUGUCGAGGUUGAUCACUAUAAGGUUCUCGGUUUACCUUCCGGCGAGGAAGGCGCCAAGCUUACAGAGAAUGAUAUUAAAAAGGCAUAUAGAGCGAAGGCUUUGGUGUUGCACCCAGACAAGAGGCCCGAUGAUCCCGAUGCCCCGGCCAACUUCCAGAGUCUCAUGUCAUCCUAUGAGAUACUCAAGGAUGAGAAGGCCAGGAAAUUGUUUGAUGAUUUACUCAGAGUUAAGAGGGACCAGCAGCGCCGCCAUUUGGAGCGCGAUGCCAAGCGACAAAGGAUGGUCUCUGAUCUUGAAGCAAGAGAACGAUCUGCCUUUGCUCCAGAUGCGGCUGCCAGAGAUAGAGCAGAAGAGGAGAGAAUCGCUAGGAAGCUUAAAGAAGAGAUUGAGAGAAUACGCAAAAAGCAUGCGAAGAAAGGGGCGGCAACUGCUGCUGCUCCUAAGAGAGAGACUGGUGGAGUUGGCAAGGAAAAUGCGGGUGGUGCGAAGAUGGGGUUGGAUGAGGAGAAGAUGCUUAAAGUUUCAUGGGAAAAUGUUGGUGAAGGUUAUACGGCAGAGAGGUUGAGAGGUAUUUUCUCGGAGUUCGGCGAGGUUGAAGAUAUUGUCAUCAGGGGCAAGAAGAAGAGAGGUUCGGCUCUUGUUGUGAUGGCGACUAAAGAUGCAGCUGUUGCUGCAACAGGAACUCUGUUAGGUGAUCUUUCUAAUCCAUUGCUGGUUAUACCUCUUAAACCAGUUUCAGUGACUGAUGCUCCACCGGUUCAGAGGCCUGAGGAGCCAGAUCGACUUAAUAAUUUGGUUGGGGCUGGAUAUCAAUCAUUCGAAGAUUCUGUUUUGGAGAAACUCAAAAAGGCUGGGCAGAAGGACAAAUAGUAUUCGUUAUCCCAAAAGCACUAUAAGGUUCUCGUCUCGCGAAUGGAGCAAAGGGAAAGCUUAUCAUUUCCCCCUGUGGUUGGAGCCAAGGUUGCUCAAGGCCUUUGAAAACGGUUGUUUGGACCUGUAUCUCUUAACCAAAAUCUAUUUGUGAAAACUUACAAAUAGGGAACUCUUACGUGCCUGCAGGCUAAUAUACUAUAAAAUUCUUGGAUUUGUAGGGAAGUCAUGGGUGUCCCUCGAGUCUCAAGAUUGUGAAAGAGAAGUGUAUUAAGUAUUGACCGGUGUGCUGCUGUUGUAGUGAUACAUCACAUUAGUUACCGAGAGCUCAGGACUAGCGUUGAAUUGAGGUUUCAUCUUGUGCUAUUUCACACAAAUCAUUGUACACCUUAUAUUGUAUCAAUUCAUGGUUCACUUUGGUUUUCA